AUGCCAGUCACCGGCGUCUACUUCAUCCCCUCGCACCCCAACGCCUCGACAGCCCUCUCAACCCUAACAGAGCGCCUGCGCUCCUCCUUCACAGAUGAAGACUUCAUACCACUCGGCCGCUGGGCCCUCGACCAUAAACUCAUGCGUGACACACCAGGCCUGCUCCCCGCCUCCGCAAACCCAGGCCAACGCCCCAGCAAGCCGCGCUACAUGCAGCUCCUCUCGCUAACGCACUAUCCCUCCCACGGCUUCAUCUACACCUCCGAGCCAACCGAAAAGCCCUUCCACCCACCAAGCGCAGCCUCAUCCGCGCCCUCCGCAACGCCAGCCAACGGUGCUGUAUCCCCGGGCCAGGGCGGUCCUGCCCCAGCCCCAACCGCGGCUGCGUCGCAUACGUCCGCGACGUCGCAGGGCGGCGCGAGCGCGGCCGAGACACAGAUGCUCAUGACGACCGUGCCGCCGUCGUCGUACAAGACUCUCUUCCAGCACUUCACGUACGCGUGCCAGCCAUUCUGGUGCCACCGGCUGACGGUCACCGUGCCGAACGGCGUCGUCUACGACAUCGGCGACUUCCGCGUGCGACUGGGUGACGUGCGGCAAACGUGGCCGACUGCGCGGGUACGCGGGACAAUCGUCGAGAUUGAAUGGCGCGGCCCGUCGGUCGUGGACUCGCUUGCUGCUGCAUCACAGGCGCGGAGGUCUGGUAGCGCCGAUGAUGUGGACUCUGGGGUCGAUUUGUCGUUCUCUGUGCUCGAGGAGGCGGAUAUCGAUGCCGAGUAUGAGGCGACUGCGUCGCUGAUUCGCGAGUUUUGGGCCCGGUUGGGGGUCCAGGGGGCCAGGGAAGCGAUUCUUGUUCCCGGCAUUGGAAAGGAGAUUAAGGAGAAGCUGGGGCGGGUGAGGGGGGCGGGGAGGGAUGUUGGUGGGAGGAGUUUGAAGGAUGAGGCUACGUUGGCUGGGCUGGGAGGUGUGCCGUUUGAGGAUGAUAUAGAUCCCGCGGCAGGGACGGAUGUUGCGAGGCAGUAUAUGGAGGUUUUGAGGUUUAAUCGUUAA